UCGCGAUGAGCGCGCCGGAGCCGGGCGUGCUGCUGGCGCUGCAGGGCCACACGCAGAACUGCGACAAGUGGCCCGGCCCGCGCGCCUGCAAGAUAUACGUCGCCUCUGUCUACAAUGGUACACUACACUAUAGUACAGUACACACUAGCGGCGGUUAGAGCGUCGCGAUGAGCGCGCCGGAGCCGGUCGUGCUGCUGGCGCUGCAGGGCCACACGCAGAACUGCGACAAGUGGCCCGGCCCGCGCGCCUGCAAGAUAUACGUCGCCUCUGUCUACAAUGACUUUCGCGAAGAGAGACGUCAGAUCCUGGAGAUGGUGGGCCCGGAACUGCAAGCAACAUACGACGAUCGGUACAUCGAGAUCGAGUUCCUGGACAUGCACUAUGGCACGGACGGCGGCGAUGAGUCGAGUCCCGCGCUGCUGCGGCAUUUACUCGACGAGAUCCGGUGUUGCAACGACACCUCCAAGGCUGGCUACUUCCUCUGUCUCAUCGGUGGCGACGCAUCAUCCUACCAGCCAGUGCUCCCGUUCACGAUCAAAGAGGACACGUUCGAGACGCUAGUGAAACCUGGGUCUCCCCAGGCGGCCCUAGUGCAGGCGUGCUACAGACUCCACUCCGACGGACUUUAUCAUCUAGAAGGAGAUGACAAAUGGUACAGCAACUUAGUGGAUCGAGAAGAGCAGCGUGGCCGCCUGGCGGAGGUACAGAAAGCGUUCAACUCGCUAGCGCUCGAGGCGCACACUGGCGGCGCUGACGUCACGGACCUUCUGCGGAGUCCUGUCGAGAUACAAUGCGAAUUAGCUUUAGAUCUGCUAUCAACCGGCAAGCAUCCUAAAGGCGUCAUAGCUGUCUUCAGAGACUGCCAGGCGCUCGAGGCAGAUGACUCGAAGAUCGCAGUCCUGGCGCACUCUAGGUUAAAAUCACUGAAGAGAAAAUUAGAAGACACUUUACCUGAAAAUCAUAUCAUUAGGCUUGAGUCGUCAUCAGCUGAGUCGUCCCGGACGGACGCUGCGUCCGAAAACGAGGAGAGACUGGCGCCGUUCCGGGAGGCGGUGCAAGCGUGCGUCAGCGCACUGCUCGACGACAGCCUGAGCACUGAACCCGAUCAGGGCAAGGGAAGGAAAAAGACUGUCCAGGAAGUUUUCUUGGAGCACAUCACUCAUCUUAGAAUAUGUAUAGAACAUAGGCGUCAGUAUAAGGUAAAUGUUAAGCAAAUCGAGGAUGCAGCGAAGAGUAUACUAAGCAACGCAAAAGAAAACUACGAAAACCGGACGCGACACCCUCCCGUCUUAAUUUAUGGACCGGACGCUUCUGGAAAAAGUACUUUAUUGACACAUUUGUAUUACAAAUGUGAGGAAGUUUUCCCCAAGCCUGUUCUAAGGAUAAUAAGGUUUUCGGCUUCCACCCCGAGAUCGGCCUACAAUUUGGAACUUUUGCGAGUUAUGUGCCAACAAAUAUCUAUCAUCUUGAACAUUCCGGAAGGCUACUUGCCAAAAGACGCCAGUUUCGAUCCUUUGUAUAUUAAUAAUUGGUUUCAAAGUUUAUUGAGGAGAUGCGAGGACAUGGAGAAUGAGAUUUUGCUUAUAUUUAUCGAUAACGUGCAUAGAGUGAAUCCGCUGGAGUGCGACAUAGUGACAGGGUUGUCAUGGUUACCGAUGUCUUUGCCUCGGAACGUGUUCCUGGUGUGCACGAGCGCAGUUCCACUCGAGCAGCUGCAGCUGACUCCUGCGCAGAAGGAGAAGUUCAAGGUGCAGCAAUGCUACCAUCUCCUCGACGCUAUAGCUGAGACAUCAGAGAAUAACAGCUACGGAGAUUACAUAGACAGUGCCUUUGAUAAAUUAGAAGCCGUCUUCGGAUCUAAAGCCUUUAGUAAAUUAGCAGGUUAUAUAACUUGUUCGGAGUUCGGCCUCACGGAGCUCGAGUUGCUGGAACUUCUCAUGCCUACGAGCAACAGCGACGCGGUCAUAACUCUGAAGGAUGCCAACUUUAACUUUUCUACUUUAUGUGUCGCCAAAUAUAUGAUGAAACCUCUAAUAGCAGAGAACGUAGUGUCGGGCCGAAGCACGUGGCGCUGGCGGGCCGCGGCGGCCGGGGCGCGCGCGCGCAGGCGUUACGUGCGCGUGCAAAGCGCGCUCAGAGAUGCACACUCUGAUCUGGCUGCACUACACUUUGCCAACUUCCUGCAGGACCCUGAUGAUACGGAUACUUCGGAAACACAGGAGCCUGGUUGCGCAGACGACGACGACGCACUACUAGACUCGACGCCAUUUCACUCGGGCAGUCGGACAGCGGCGGCGUUCACACAGCGCCAUGUCGAGGAAUCUUGGCUACACCUACUUCUUGCCGGCGAUUUCUCAAAGCUGAAGGACCUCACUGUCUGCAACUUCGACUUUUUGCUGGCAGCGGUACAAACGGUGACGGUGUCCUAUCUCCGAUGCAUUCUGGAACACGUCCGCUGCUACAUCCUUGACCGUGACGUGGAACUUGUCUACGGCGCGGUCAAGAAGUCGAGCGAUAUCCUUACUCGCGACCCCAUGCAGUUAGGAGCCCAGAUCAUAGCAUGGCUCCGACCGGCGGUGGCGCGGCGCGGCGUGCUAGCGACACUCGUCACGGCUGCGAUGGCGUGGUGCGACGGCUAUGACAAGCCGCUACUUGUCCCACUCAACGGAUGGCUCCAACCGCCGAUUGCGUCAACGGUGCGGGUGGUAUCCGUGGGGGCGACUAGCCCCGGCACGGGGGCCCGUCUGCUGCAACUGGCACCGUCGGGGCAGCAUCUGGUGCUGGCGCCCGCCGCCGGUGACCCGCAGCUCUGGCAUGUCAUGUCCAACUCGAAAGUGCACACUUUUAAAGGUCACUCGGGCCGGAUCCUUUGCAUGUGUGUCACGAGGGAGUCGCAAUACCUGCUGACGGGGUCUGAAGAUACCAGCGUUAUCGUGUGGGAUCUUCACACGUUGGCGGUCAAGGCUAAGAUGACGGAACAUAUCGCACCUGUACUGUGCGUGGCGGCUGUCGUGAAUCGCUCGCUGGUAAUCAGCGGAGGGGAGGACUCGGCUGUCAUCGUUGCUUCGCUGGUUGAUGGCUCACUCGUAACAAAACUGGACCACCACCGGGGCUCCGUGACCGGCGUGAAAGUCCUCCAAGACGGUGAGAUCGUGGUCACGUGCUCCCAAGAUGGGACAGUCUGCACGUGGAACGUGGAUAACUUCACGCUGCUCAGCACAGUGACGGCUGGCAUGCCAGUUCACGGGAUGGAGAUCACUGAUGACAACGUGUUCCUGGUUACUCUGCAGGGAGAGAACGAGCUACAUGUUCGAACAUUCAUCACUGGGACGUACCUGCAUAUGCUAAAGAGGCCUAAGACUAAGUUAAAAUGUUUCUGCGUGGCCCACGACUCGUCGCGCGCCGCAGUGGGAUGCUCGGACCAACGCAUAUACGUGUACAGUUUACACACGGCGCAGCUCCUGCGCACCAUCGCCGUGGCCCACGAUCUGUCGGCGCUGGCCGUGGCGGACAGAGACCACUUCUUAUUGGCUGCCGGAGGGAACAGAGUGACGAUAUACUCGUUUCAUACAGAAGAUAAUUUAACAAAUUUCCGCCCGACGAAACAGCUAAAAAGACGACAGACGAAGUCAAAAACCAACAUCAGCUUAUUACAAGCCGAGCAAAGCGAGUUGAUCCCAAUCAGCUGCCUCGAAGUCUCCCGAGACGGUCAGCUGGCAGCCAGCGGGUGCGCACGGGGACUUGUGCGGGUCUGGCAGCUGUCCACUCAUCGGCUGCAGGCCACGCUCAACGGCCAUAUGGGCCACGUGACAUGUGUCACGUUCUCGCCUAACAACCUGCUGGUGUUGAGUGGGUCCGAAGACAGAACGGUCGUCGUUUGGCAGUUGGCUGAUAACUCCCCCACGCUAACGUAUAAGGGUCACUCAGCCGCCCUGCAAUCAUUACUGAUGAUGUCUGACAACCGUCGCGCGAUGUCGGGCGACCGGGCGCGAAACGUGCACGUCUGGCUAGUAGACUCCGGCAUUGUGCUACAUUCCACCACCGGCCCGUCAGCUAGUCUUGAAGUCACUCUUAACAUGAAGUUUGCUGUGCUGUCAGAUGGCGAUAACUCAGUCCGCAUCUGGGCGCUGACGGGAGGCGACGGCGGCGAAGAGCAUCGCACGGUCUCGCACGCUGAGCGCGUAACCUGUUUCGCUGUUACUGCCGACUUGCAGCACGUCGUCACCGGUUCGAUGGAUAUGUCGCUGAAAGUGUGGAAGCUGGAUGGUGGGAAACUGUCACAGGUCCUAGUUGGUCACUCGGACAUCGUAACCUGCGUAGCAGUCGCCAUCACGAACAAGACGCAAGUCGUGUCCGGCUCGUGGGACUGCAAUCUCAUCGUGUGGGACAUGAACACGGGCGCCGACCUGCAUCUGCUGUCCGGACAUUUGGGCAAGGUCACGUCUGUCAAGGUCACAGGGGAUGGCUCCAUUGCUGUGUCAAGUGCUGAAGACAAAACGUUGAUAAUCUGGGAGACAAAGCGCGGGCUGGCUCUGACGUCCCUCGCCCUGCACGUACCCGUUCUUGGACUGCAGAUCACAAGCGACUGCUCACGCAUCGUCAUACACCUUCUGGACAGAGGUUGUCUCCCAAUUAUUUGUCUACACAACACACCGGCAACAUACGUGAAGAUCCCAACCUAUGCAGCCCCGACGAAGAAUGCUGAUGAGUUAAGGCCAUUGGCUCCGAAGCGGCCGAUGAGAAGACUGCUCAAGAAAGAGGUGUCCUUAGACACGUACACUUGGCAGAAGAAGUACGGCCACCUCACGUCGGCAGCCAUGAUGGCGCAGGUCGACGAGCGACUCAAACGAAGGUUUUCCGUAUCCGCUUCCAUGGAGGAAAUCUCAAAAAUACAAGAAGCGAAAAACAAAGACUUGGGCUCACAGGUGAGCCUGGGGCCUGAGGAAGCGGCGAUUGCACAGUCGCAGCACUUCGAUCAACUCGAGGCACUGUGGAACAAGGUCUCGCCCCCGCGACGACGCUCGAACAAGUCACUAUCAAAACAGAGCUCUCUGAUAGAGAGGUUAGACUCUUCCGACGAAGAACACACGCCUGUCGAAGAACAAGUUAGUUUCCGGAAAGCCACAAACUAACCAGAGCCUAUUCCCACAGAGCACAUGGUGGAAUGAAGAAGAUGCACAGAUUUAUACCUUCUAGUCAACUUUAGCACAAGUCACUUUACGUUACCAUUCAUGUUAAUUUUAGAGGUCGAUUUAUGAGAGCUGGCGUGAACGGAAUGAACAAAGCUUUGAUAUAGCCGUAUCAUGGUCGUGUUUUUGUCACUUGUUAUAUCAUGCGUCACUUUCGCACUUACAUACCUACUAGUUAGAACGUGACAGACAUGGUGACAAUUGAUAGCCAACCGGCCAGGUAUACAAUCGUAACAGUCAAGUGCUACCGUUUUAUUAGUGUUUCUACUCACGAAUAAAUAUUUAAAACCCUACAUAAAAGUUUAUUCCCCAAAGCCAGCCCCCGCCGGCUUCCCGCGCAUGCGCGAAGUAAUGAAAAAAUUGAAAACGCAUUGUUUGGCUCUGUAACCAUGGCAACGUAUUGUUAUAACGUUACUGCGCGCGUGCGCUCCCGCCGGCGUAGGAUGGCUUUGGGCAGCUGGCUCGAACUCUGGCAGUGCAAACCUUCGCGUAGUGUGAAUUUCAUGAUUUUUUUUCUAGAAAACUAUUAAAAACUAAGUGCAUCGUCGUAGAAAAAGUAUUGUAUGUCGGUUAUUAUUUGAGUCAAAAAAAUACUCAUGGCGUCUUUAUUAACAAUUUUCAUCUUCGCCUCAAAUUGUUACCCACGCCACUCACCUUUUUUGACCUCUGUUAAACGCCAGUUGCAUAAAAUACUAUAAUCUGUCACAAACAUGCAUAUUUUCAUUCACUCGUUCGUUCCAUUUGUGCCACCUGUCGUGAAUCGACCUCUACCAAUCGGCUAAGGUGGUUCGCUUUUCAAUUUUCAUGAUACUACGUACCUAUUAUUAAGUCAUUUGUGGCAUUACACGCCAUUACUAGGUACAAAAUUAUGUUCACGUCUACCUAUUUUCGAGUAUUUUAUUUGAAGAAAAUUAAUAAAGAUACUUUUUAUAUACAAAAAUCAUGCAGAGCAGUUUUUUUUAUAACACAAUAACUACAAAAGGUUUUUAUUUUAUUUUUGCAUAGUAAUUGUAAAGUGUUUUUAUUAAUUUAACUCAAACCAAUUAGAAAGUAAAUAGUCGCACAUAGUUGUUUUCUUUUUUUAUGAAAGUGUACCACCUUAAAAUCAUUUUAGUUGCUUAUUUAAUAGAGCUGGUCUCUUAUUACAAAAAAUAUUGUGUGUUAGGUACAUACUUUAAGAAAAUCAUUGUUUUUACAUCAUGUGGUGAGUUAAUUGUAAGUUUAUUUAUUAGACUCAUAGUCUGUACCUACUCUUAGGUAUUUAAAAGAACGUAAUCAAAUAAUUUGUAAAUUUUCGGGUAGUUACAAAAAGGCCAGGUCAGAAGUACCUACUCGAAACCGACGAGCGUGUAUGAGAAACAUUAUGAAAGUGUGUGAAGUGAAAGUGGUUUUUCAGGAUCGUAGUAAAUGGAAAUCCGUGAUCUCUGCCUACCCCUCUGGGAAACAGGCCUGAUUGUAUGUAUGUAUUACAACAUUUUUCGCUUCACCAACCAAAUAUAAAAACCAAGCUGAUAGUCACUGAGUGACCUGUCUUUAACUUUCUUAUUUGGUCGUUUAAUGCUGUAAAUUUACCUUCAACCUUUUGCCUUUCAACCUUCCAACCAACCUUUAGAGCAUUUUGUGGGUAGAUUUUGUUUACAUUUUUUUCGAAUGCCUAAAAAUACAGACUAUAACUAUUUAGGAUCCUUUUUGAAAUGAUUUAUUAAACAUAGCUAAGUACCUAUUUAGUACGUAGAACUCCUGCCUCUUGCAAUGUGAUCUUCUAGAUGUAGCUUCUAUUAUUUCUGGACCAGUUUCUAUUGUACAUCGAAUUUUAACAUACGUAUGUAAUUUUACUGCUACGUCUAUCUUAUAUAACACUAAUACCAAAGAGAGUGAGAAGAGCAUAUGAUCAUUAAGUAUUUGUUUAUGAAUAUCAUACCAAUUGGAACCCCAGGCCACUGUAGAACUAUGUCAUAGUGACGUUAUAAAUCAGAUUGUAAGAAAUUUCUUACUGCUUGUGUUUUUGACAUGGUUGUAGAGUGGCUUAGGGUUCCAAUUGGUUGACUGUACAUUACGAUACAAAUGCAGAAAAGAGGAAAUUCGAACUCAGUUUGAAUAAAGUAAAACGUGACUGAAGGAAGUGUUUUAAAUCGACACGCAUUACGAAUUCCCUUUUUGUAUGUAUAUCGUAUGACGUUUUAGAGUGCAUAUUACGGCUUUUCGAUGUUUAGACAUAAAGCACAUAAAGCACUAGUGCGAUAUAUUAGAACCAUAAUAUGCACUUUAAUGAUUUGAAAAAAUGCUACGAUUAUAUUAUCAGAUGAACAUUGCGGAAAUCAUACCAAUUUUCAACAUUCAGUUUUAUUUUCCUAGGAUGAUAAACAACGUGUUACACCAACCACUGAAAACCUCAGACACCCCAACAGAUUUUUAUUAUUUAGAGUUAGUCUAGAAUAUUUAUUCUUAAAUCGGCCUAUUAUUUCCAAAGAUAUUGCUGUUUCUUUUAUUUUCGUAAGUCUAGUUGAUUAGUAACUCUACGUUCGUUGAUUACGUAUGCGUGCCGUGUUAGUGUAUCAUCGUGGUCCAAACAGAUUACUGGCAAUUCGUAAUCCUUAUUGCAAAGGCAUAAGGCUUUAGGUAUCUUAUCAAUUGUCAGUCAUACAAACUGGGUUUAGAACAAAAGUCGAUAAGGCGAUAGUUUGUUACAAAUUGUAAGAAAAACAGCCCUUAUUGCCUGAAAUACGGUAGUGACAUUGGCAACUGACAUUCGCUUUGUAGUAACAGGGACUGACCUGUCGUAUUUUCGCCAUGAUAAAUUGAACCUUAUCACUGAGCCUGAAGAGCGAAAUUUUAAAAAUUCAAUCUUUAAUAAAAAGAACAGCCAGUAUUAAAACAUUACCAAGUAUGCAAUCCUCUAUCAGAGAUACUGUAGUAACUUUUGCUUUUGUAACUUUUAGACCUGGCACGCAAAAAAUGAAAACUAAAUACAAAAAAUAACCUGCAUUAAAAUAUAGCGUAAUCGAUUCUACUCUUGAUUCUGAACAAACUGUUUUCUGGUUUUCAGUGCAUGGUGUAACACGUUGUAUACUAUAGUAACUCUCACUAUGAGAAUUAAGCGAAAAUCCCAAUAUUUAGGUACGAGUAAAUUUCCAUUGUUUUGUUAAGAUAAUACUUAUAAAAUCCAAACCUUGAUUAGAAACUGGUCCUCAUUAAGAUAAACGUAACUUAAAAUUAAUAUAAUUAAAUAAAUUAAAAUCGAGCGCAGUGUGUUGCGCUUCGUGUCUUGUAAGAGUAGAAUUCAUUUCACGUUGUGAUAUUUUUUGUUGUUAAUGUAAAACGUAAAUAAUAUAUCAAUUUAGUCGUGUAGAAAUAACUUAUUUAACGUUUAGAAAAAACUGUAAUACCUACCAGUUCUUUUCACGUUUUAAAAGCAAUUGAUUUAGUUAACAAAAAAUUUAAGACCUAUUAAGAUAGCAUUGUUGGUUACUGAUUCCUUUUACACUAAACCUACACAGUACACAUACAUACUCAAAGUCAUAAUUUUAAGACUUAUUAUUGUUGUAAUUAAAAAGUAGCUUGUUAGAAUAAAAAUUGUACCCUUCAAUUAAACGAUCCUUGAUCGAAGGAAAUUAUAGCAAUAUAAAUCUGUGAAUAAUUGAUUACAUUUUAUAUAAUUGUCAAUUCCAUCUAAAAAAAAACACAAAAUGUAUGCAGGUUAAAUUAUUUGGCAAGCCCCAAUCGUCACUGCCAUAAUUUCCUUGGUCAAAGUAGAACUAGUGUUUUCCAAGCUGUGAUCCCUUAUAAAGACUUCUACAUAAGUACACAUUAUAUUCAACAUACAAUAGAUAUAUUUAAAGUGUAUGAAAUUAAAUGUAAGAAAAUAAUCACUUAUCUGAAGCGCUGAAAGCUAGUCUGGUUUACUCGUUCCUCAGAAUUUUUAACACGCGAUUGCAGCUAUAGUGUCUGUGUGACUACACCUUUUGGAAAUAGCAAGUAGUACACUAAAUAGAAACACCGGCAAGUAAACCUAGGGUUUGAGAUGUUAGUGCUAGAAAUUCAAGGGAAAUUUAUAUUUCCGUCAUCACUACUUACUUACUCAGUGACAUAAGGCGCAAACGAAAAAAAUAAACUUAAGACUUACAUACUUAUUUAAAAAAAAAAUGUUUUCCUUUACGUCAAAGAUAAAAGGAAACUAGGAUGAACUUGGUCAAAAUAUUUUUAUGACGCCUUAUAUACUACAUUAUGCGAGGUAACUUGUUCUAGGUCGCUCUAUAAACUUAGACCAGAUUAAGGCCAGAAUGCAUAAAAAUUCAACGCAGGGAUUUUACAACGGGCGCUCAUAACUUUCAGAUCAUUUAAUUUGCUUGCGACAACACUGAGCUGGCUGAAUUUUAAAUAUAUCUAGCAAAUGGUCUGAACAUUGUAAUCUGUGACUGUCGUACCUAUUCGAACAACGCUUUCAAGAUGUGAGUAAGAUACGAUAUGCGAUAUGAUAUCUAUCGAUCAGUGUCAAAAGUGACGAUUCUUCAAAUAAUGAAAACAUCUACACUAAUAAUACAUAUCCGAUCCAUAUCGUAUCUAAUCCAAUAUUCAGAGUAUAUUAAAAUUCGAAUCGGGCCGCAUGUCAGACGAACGUUGAGUACCUACCGAUAGUUUGUUAGAGUACAGAUUUGUGUCAGCUCCUAGUGCUUUAUUUCUGCAAUUUCAAAAACCUGGCUGGAAAUAAACAAAGCUUGGCACCAGGAUAUUCUAAUAUAAUAAUUAUUGAUACUGUCAACAAAUAUAAAUGAAAAUGACUAUGUAGUUGUUUAUUCAGUAAUAAUCAGGCCCAACCUAAACUUGUAACUAAUGUACCUACUACUAUAACUUGUGACAAAUCUUUUGCAGUGAAUCUUUACAUUAGAAUAAAUUAAUAAUAAACUUAGUUGCAUUUACAUAAAUGUGUAGUGGUUGAUAGUAUUUCUACAUUUAAUUAGAAAAUGCAAUAAUAUCUUAUAAGUAGUUGCACUUAUUUGUAGGAACAAAAAUUUGACUUUCUACUUUAAGAACUGAAUUCUUCAUAAAUGUGAGUGUGCGCGGGAAAACGUCCCACUUUGUCGAUUGCUAUAAAGCCGCUUUGUCAGUUUAUUCAUAUAAAGAUACAAGCAAAUCUCGCCUUAAUGGUAACCGACAAAGUGGGACGUUUUACUAAAUAUACUCACAAAUGUGCAAAUAAAUAGGAAAUAAAAUUGCUGAUGCACGAUAAUUUUGUUUAAUUGAAAUAAAUAUCGAAAACCUGAUGUAUCUACCAUAUUUGUGCAUUUACCUACAUAGAAUGGUAAUGUAAUAAAUAAUUAUAUUAUGUUUUUUAUCCAAUCAAGUAAACCAUACCAAUGUGAAAAUCGACGGCAAAGUGGCAGCGGUAACUUUUAGCAAGAUGUUUUUAUCUGCAACAAUAAUCUCUUAUGUGCCCUACUCAGUAAUAUAAUAAAUAUAAAGAUCGUUGGGCACUGUCACCUUGUUGACUAUUUGUAUGUAAAAUUUUAUAUAUUUAUUGUUUCGUAUUCCUCCUAUAUAAACUUUAUUUUUGACCUGUCGUGGUGUUAUAUCUGAAAAUAUAUUCUCUGUGUUUCUAAAA